AUGGAGCAGUCCUUUGUUUUCUUGAUUGCACUCCUGAGCUUCGCCUCUUCAUACAACUUUCCUUUCGAAGCUGUUCAAUUGAUGAGCGAAGAUGUCCUCAACAAGUCCAGCAUUGCUUUCGGUGACACUUUGAAUCCGGAACCCUCGCAUGCACAAUGCAAGACAUACCCCGGAGACGCAGAUUGGCCUUCAGAAGCACAAUGGCAAGACUUCAACGCAACCUCAGGAGGUGCUCUGAUUAAGCCAACUCCUAUUCCUGCACCAUGCUACGCCGGGCUGCAGUAUGAUGCACUGAUAUGUACUAAAAUCCAGCAGCAAUGGAUCAAUUCCAGCAUCCACAUGAACGAUCCCGUGUCCAUCGGUCCUCAAUGGGUCGAAGGCAACACCUGUCUACCAACGUCCAACCCUAACGACACAUGCACACUUGACGGGUUUCCUGCCUACGUCGUCAAAGCAACAACGGUGAAGCACAUCCAACUCGCCGUGAACUUCGCCCGCAACGCCAACAUACGGCUUGUGAUCAAAAACACAGGCCACGACUUCCUCGGCCGCUCCACCGGCGGCGGCGCCCUCUCCAUCUGGACACACGCUCUCAAAGAAUUCGCCCUGCUCCCCACUUAUACAAUCGGGAACUACACCGGCAAGGCCGCGCGCAUGAGCGCAGGCCUACAGGGCUAUGACUUGAAAGCUUACGCGUCGCAGCACGAAAUCUCCAUCAUCGCGCCGGGAGGCCAGACGGUCGGAGCCCUAGGUGGCUUCAUCGCGUCUGGCGGCCACUCGGCUUACACGUCGUACCUUGGGCUCGGCGCGGACCAGGUGCUGUCGAUUCAAGUCGUCACGGCGGACGGGCGGUUCGUGACAGCAGAUCCGUACCAGAAUACUGAUUUAUUCUACGCUAUGCGAGGAGGUGGCGCGGGCACCUAUGGCGUCCUCACCUCUGCCAUCAUCAAAGUCUACAGCCCGAUCCCCAUCGCCUCGGCCAGCAUCUCCUUCUCCACGACCGCACGCGGCGCCCUGCCCGCCACGUCCCCCGCCUCCUUCUGGCGCGGCAUCCGCACCUACUUCGCCUUCGUCUCGGGGAUGUGCGAUGACGGCGGUCAGGGUUACAACUUCAUCCGGCCCGUCCCCGUCUUCAACGGCACCGCAGCCACCGUGAACGUAUCCCGCAAUUUCACCUUCACAACCAGCAUCAGCUACCCGGCCAUGAGCGCUGCGGACGCGACGACGCGCGUGGCUGCCCUAGUCGCCGACCUGCGUGCUGUAGGCGUCAACAUCAACAUGCCGCUCGUCUCCGUGGCCGGCGGGCCCCGUCCUAACAGCACCACACCUCCUCCCCCCGCUCUCCCCGCCCCUCCACCUGGUGACCUCGUCGAGCAACAGCGCAUGGCAUCGCGGCUGUUUCCGCGGGAAAACCUCGCAGACCAGGCGCUGCUGGACAGAACCAACGAGGCCAUCCGUAUCUACGUCGAGGACGGGGGCUACGUCUUUCACGGGAUCAACUACUCGCCGACAAGCGAGCGCGCCGGAUGGCCCGGAGGCGACAGCGGCGUCAACCCGGCGUUCCGCAGGACGGUGAUGCACGGCGAAGGGUGGGAGGGCCCGGAGUCGACGACGCCGCCUCUCGAGAAUAUGGUGGCUAACCACGCGCGCUUCCGUCGGUUUUUUCAGGGUUUUAUUGACGUGUCACCUGGGGCUGGCAGCUAUAUCAAUGAGGCGGAUGCCGGGGAGCCUGACUGGCAACAGGCGUUUUAUGGGGAUAAGUAUGAGAGAUUGCUGGGGAUCAAGAGGGCGAGGGAUCCAUGGAGCUUGUUUCUGGCGGCGGUGAGUCCCGGCUGGGACGAGUGGGAGAUGAGGAAGCCGGAGGGGUAUGAGGAGCUGCCGUCGCAGAAUGGGAGGCUGUGUCGCAUUAGUAGUACUCACACAGGUGCUCAUGAGUUUGUGGACAUGUGA